AUGGGGUCCGCCGAAGCAGAGAAGAAGGAGCUCGCCAUCCAGAUAACAUCUCUAGGAACCGCCAGCGGCGAUGCCACGCCGACAUGCCCCUCCAGCGGCGACGUGACGCUGGACGACGCCGACAAAACACUCGAAGCCAUGGGAUACAAGCCAGUCUUCAAGCGCGAGUUCUCGACAUGGUCCAGCUUCAGUUUCGCCAUGAGCAUCUGCGGCAUCUACAGCUCGCUCAUGUCCACAUGGAUCUACGGCCUGCAAGCCGGUGGUGCCGGCGCCAUCAUGUGGAGUUGGAUCAUUGGCGGUGCCGGUGGCUUGGCCCUGGCCGUCAGUCUCGCCGAGCUGUCGUCAGCUUACCCCAGCGCUGGGGCCAUGUACUUCGCGUUGAAGCAUGUGGCGCCUGAGGGGCGAGGACCUAUCCUGUGCUGGAUGUCAGGCUACAUUACCCUUGCUGGUGUCAUCGCAGGAACCGCCAGCACCGAGUAUGCGUCAAGCCAGAUGCUGCUCGCCGCUGUGUCUAUCGCGACUGAUUUCUCAUACGUCCCCACCACGGUUCAUGUUUUUGGAGUCAUGGUCCUCCUCUCCGUACUCCACGCGUCGAUCAACAGCCUCCCCACGCGCUGGUUGACGCGGUUGACGAGCGGUUAUGUGGUGUUUCACAUGAGCAUCUUAGUCGGCGCCGCCGUCUGCCUGUUGGUAAAGACCAAGGAGAAGCACAGCAUCGCGUACGCGUUUACCGACUUCCAACCCACUUCCGGCUGGACGCCUCCGGCCUUCGCCAUGCUCUUUGGCUGUCUCUCCCCAGCGUGGACCUUGACCAACGCCGACAGCACCGCCCGCAUCGCCGAAGAAGCCAAGGACCCGGCCCGCGUCGUGCCCCGCGCCAUCGCGCACGCGACCACCUUCACCUACCUGAUCGGCUUCGCCUUCAACCUGGUCCUGGUCAUCUGCAUGGGCGACCCCGUCGCGCUCGUCAACUCAGCCAGCGGCCAACCCGUCGCGCAGCUCUUCUACAACGCGCUGGGCCGCGCGCCCGCCGUCUUCUUCACGCUGGCGGGGUUCGCCGUCAUGAACCUGGUCGCGAUCCCCGGUCUGCAGGGCGGCAGCCGCACCAUCUACGCCUUCGCCCGCGACGACCUCAUCCCGCUGUCGCGCCUGUGGCGCCGUAUCUCGCCCCGCUCGCAGACGCCGGUUGCCGCGGUCUGGCUGUAUGCCGGGCUUGGGGUGGCGGUGAAUUUGCUGGGCUUGGUCAGCCAUACGGCGAUUAGUGCCGUGUUCAAUGUGUGCACGGUGGCGUUGAACCUGUCGUACAUGCUGCCCAUCAUCUGCAAGAUGGUGUAUGGGCGGUUUGAGAGGGGGCCCUGGCAUCUGGGCAGGUGGAGUUUUCCGGUGAACCUUUUCGCCGUGGUGUGGAAUGUGUUUAUGAUCGUCAUCUUCUUCUUGCCGACUAACCUCCCGGUGACGAGCGAGAAUAUGAACUACGCCAUCGUCGUCUUUGUGUCUGUCCUGCUCUUCUCGGGCGGCUUCUGGUACACCCAUGGCCGGCACUUCUACACUGGACCAGCAACGCAGUCGAGCAAGAGCUCGCAGACAAUCGUCGUCACGGUAUGA